AUGGGUAAUUCUCAGGGGAAACCGGUGUCCUACACCGAUGCAGUCAACCUCAACCAUUUCCGCCUCCUCCGCGUGGUCGGAAAAGGCGCUUUCGGAAAGGUCCGCAUCGUCGAGAGGAAAGAUACAGGCCUUACAUUUGCCCUCAAGUAUAUCCGCAAGGAAGAAGUGGUACGAUCGGAAAGUGUACGGAAUAUCAUUCGUGAACGGCGGAUGCUCGAGCAUCUGAACCACCCAUUCCUGUGCAAUUUGCGCUAUAGUUUUCAGGAUAUGGAAUACAUCUACAUUGUCGUCGACCUGAUGAACGGGGGUGAUCUCCGGUUUCACAUUUCGCGAAAGUGUUUCACGGAAGAGGCGGUGCGAUUCUGGAUGGCCGAGCUAGGUUGUGCGUUGAAGUACAUCCAUUCUCAGGGAAUCAUCCAUCGAGACUUGAAACCGGACAACGUGCUGUUGGACUCUGAGGGCCAUGUCCAUUUGGCAGACUUCAACGUGGCGUCAGACUUCCGACCGGGCAAGCCGCUCACGAGCAAGUCCGGGACCCUGGCUUAUCUGGCCCCAGAGGUGUACGAAGGAGUCGGUUAUUACAAUGAGGUCGAUUGGUGGUCAUUGGGUGUCACUUUUUACGAAUGUAUCUACAGCAAGCGACCAUUCGAAGGACGCAGUCAGGACACCCUCAGCGAGAACAUCAAGAAAGCUCAACCGAAGUAUUAUGUGACCAAUCCGGCAGUGUCAGUCGCAUGCCUUCGCGCCCUGGGCGCAUUAAUGGAGAAGGAUCGAAGCAAACGAAUUGGCGCUACUGGCUUCGAGACUUUCACCAACCACCAGUUCUUCGCCGAAAUCAAUUUUGACGCCCUCCAGCGAAAGGAGAUUCCUCCCGUGUUCGUUCCAUCCAGUGACAAAACCAAUUUCGAUGCCACCUACGAUCUGGAGGAGUUACUUCUGGAGGAAGCGCCAUUGGAGGCCAGAGCUCGUCGACAGAAGCCACGUGCGGAGCUGCGAGAGGAUGCUACGGCCAAAGAGAUUCGGGAUGAUGAACUCCAUCGCUUAAUUGAGACCAUGUUUGAGCCGUUUGACUACACGCUUGUCAACUACCAAGGAAACGCCGCGGAAGCGAUUGCCGCCUCGACGAAUCCCGAAGAUAUCCUUCCAAUCACCCAGACGACCUCCCACACCCGCCAAUCGUCAGCGCCGGAAUCCCAGUCCAGGGGUUCCCCACCACCUCCACAGGUGCCUCCGAAGCAAGCCCCUCCGAUCAACACCAACGCUGAGAAUCUCGGAGCCAAGGAGGCCACAGCGCAACCCCCCUCGCCCUCGAGCCAAGCAUCCGGUUCUCCAACACCUGCGCCGUCCUUCCACCGGCCCUUCCAACCCCCCAACAAUAACAACGGUCCUCGACAACAGCGCGGCACACUCCGGAAACCGAGCAAGGGCGGCGGAGUGCAAAUGGUUCUUGAAGAAUCCGGAAGCUGGAGCGAGCUUGCGGACCACAGCUCCACUCUUCCUGCGGAAGGGCUGGACGGUGCUGGAAGCAAGGGCAAACCCGGAAACAGUGGUAUGCUCUCGUUCUUGAGUCGGAAGAAGGGCCGCGAUCGCAGCCCCAAGCCGACCGAGCCGGGCGUUUUGGGCAAGGAAGGUGCCCGACAAAUCAUCAGCUGA